CCCAACCUCUCUAGAGAGGCGGUGCUAAAGGAGGAGCACUCCUCGUCGGAUACAACCAUCACCAGAAACUUGGAGAAGAGAACGAUACUGCAGAAAAAAAGAUGGCGGUGAUGGAAAAACUGAAGAUGUUCGUAGUGCAAGAGCCUGUUGUUGCAGCUUCUUGCCUUAUCGCUGGUGUUGGUCUUUUCCUCCCAGCUGUAGUAAGGCCCAUUCUGGAUUCAUUUGAAACAAGCAAGCAAGUUCAUCAGCCGACAAUAAGUGAUGUGGUUGCAGGUUUCCGUAAAAGGCAGGCAUAAAGUGACUCAUUGAAUCAAGUAGCAGAAUAUCAAUCUCCCAAGUUCCAACUCUCGUGGGUUUUACUAUUUUUCUUUUUCCUUCAUCUUGAGCAGCAUGAAAUAAGAUUUUCUUUUUAAUUGUUGAACACUGAGAAGUAAGAAGUACUGCACAUUGAACACCAUCCAAGUAUGUGAAUAUUUUCUUCUAUGCUGAGUAAACACUUGUAGACAAUUGAUGCUUUUGAAAUCCGCUACUUCCAUUC